AUGACUACCAUUGCGGAAAUCUAUAAUCGGCUGCCUACGCUUGGCGAAGCCGAUGACCGUUUCACCGAUCGCGAGCAGAUCUUCGCUAAGGUGGCGAACCUCUUAGCCGAGUAUGACUUCGCCUUUGGGCUCUGCCUUGUCCACGCGCAUUGCACCAUCACCGACGAUGAAAUCAUGCUCGGGAGGGGAAAUAUCUCGCAGCCAGAGAAGGUGUCUGGCGUUACCAAAUACUUCCCGGAGCGCUGGCUGUCGACUGGACAGCCGUACGAAUUUACGACCCGACCUACCACCGAACCACCGACCGCCCUCUUUAAUGCUCUGGCCCAGCUCACUGGCCGUGCUGGCGUUCUAGGGCUAUACCAUAUCGACAAGAGUGAGACUGCCGACAAGAUGCUCGAACAUACCGAAGGACGCAAGAACAUUUUGAUGCCCUACACUGGUGCAGACAAAGCGCACGCUGCCACCCAGAUCUUGACAGCUUGGGAUCUGGGCUCGUGUAACCCUGUCACCAUGGCAUGCAACAAAGUUAUCAUCUGUGACUCGCGCACCACUCGGAACGGAGCGGUACACAAAGAUACGAAGAGUGAAGUCCACACUACGUAG